AUGGAUAUUCAAUCGGAUAUAAUCGGUAUUGCUACAGAUGAAAAUACAUACUUAAUGAGCAAUGGUGUUAAAAAGGAAUCACAUAUGUCUUGGAUUAUGGCUGCAGGACUCAUCGUUAAUGCAGCUAUGGGGGCUGGACUUCUUAAUAUUGCUAAGGCUUAUGAUGAUGCUGGUGGUAUCGCAGUCAGUUCAAUUCUUCAUGCAAUUGUUGUACUUUUGGUCAUAGGUGCCUAUGCUAUCUUAUUCGUUUGUUGCGAUAAAUCGAUUGCAUCUUAUGAAGCAUUUGUUCUUGUAAAAUGUGGAAAAUUUUGGCAAAGAGUUUGUUCUGUUUGUAUUAUAUUGUAUAUGUAUGGUUUAAGUAUAACAUUUUUUAUUAUUAUUGGUGAUCAACUAGAUCGAUUUCUUACAUUUGUUGUCGGUGAACAUUACUGUUCUCAUUGGUAUCUCGAUCGUCGAUUCAUGAUAAUAGUUACAUCCAUGGUAUUAGUGUUUCCUUUAUGUUUUUCAAAGACAAUAAAAUUUCUUCAAAUUCCCAGUAUGCUUGGUGUAUUGGCAAUUAUUUAUGUUGUCAUAAUGGUACCGGUUGAAUACUUUGUUCAUCCACCGAAAGAUGUCAUCAUUAAAAAAGGUCCUGACUCAUGGACAGAUAUAUUUUUAGUAUUACCAACGAUGUGUUUUUCUUAUCAAGCUCAUGUAAAUGCUGUACCGGUUUUUGUAUCAUUAAAAACUCGUGCUGAGUGUGUCAAAGCAACAUUGGCAUCAACUAUUGUUUUAAUUUGUAGUUAUUGUUUAGUAGCUAUUUGUGGUUAUCUAACAUUUGGAAUAACUAUUGAUCAUGAUAUACUAAUGUCUUAUGAUCCUAAAUUAUUACCUGUUCUCAUUGCGGUUAUUAUGGUUGCCAUAAAAACAUACACGGCCUAUCCAGUAAAUUUAUUCUGUGGAAGAAUUGCGAUCGAUUCAUUUACUACUUCAAACAAAGAAUCAUCAAUAAAACGUCGUGUUAUAAUUGUUUGCUUAUGGUUUUUUAGUACAUUAGUUGGAGCCGUCUUUUUACCAAAUAUAUCAUUGGCAAUACAUUAUUUGGGGGCGCUAGCAGCAAGUUUUAUUUUCAUCUUUCCUGGUCUUUGUUUAUACUUUCAUAUCGAAGAACAAUGGAUUUAUUCAUGGCAUAAUGUUCUUUCGAUAAGUAUUGCCAUUUUUUAUGUUGCUGUUGGUGUAUUUAUUACAUUAUUAACUUUUGUACAAUCAUUAAUGACGGAUAUUGGUUCAAAAGCGAGUACUAAUAAAAAUAUAUGUUAA